UAUGUGGGUGCGCAUAUAUAUAUAUGUGUAUGUGUGCGUGUGUGAGUUUUGCCGAAACUCGUUUGCAGGAGCAAAGCAAAGCCAUCAAACUAACCAUGAGAUCAGUUAGUUUUCGGCAUUCAAGGCAGAUACAACACAACGAAACACAGCGCGCAUAAAGUGAAGUAAAAGAAGAAGCAUCAGCAGCAGCCUCAGCAUGAGCUUGGAUAGAAACAGUGAAGAGGCCGCAACAAAAAUGUCGCCAGAAUUUGCAAAGAAAACGCUGCAGGAUUAUGAAGUGCUCGCAGUGAUGGGCAACGGUGCCUUUGGCACCUGUUACAAGGUCAAAGACAAAACCACUGGUGUCCUGUACGCGUGGAAGGGCAUGAACUACGACGACCUGGACGAUGAGCGUUGUGAGUCGCUCAUCUCGGAGAUCAGUGUGCUGCGCCAGCUGCAGCAUCCCAACAUAGUGCAGUACUAUCACCAUUUGGUGAACCGCGAAGCCAAAUCCAUAUAUAUCGUCAUGGAGUGCUGUGACGGCGGUGAUCUUGCCCAGCUCAUUCAGCGUGCACGGACGCAACGCCAACGGUUCGAGGAACCCUACAUUUGGCGUGUGCUCUUCCAGCUGUGCCGUGCCCUGCAGGUGUGCCACAAUAAAAUACCCAAUGGCACCAUUCUGCAUCGGGACAUUAAGCCGGCGAAUAUAUUCCUCGAUGCUGCCGGCAAUGUCAAACUGGGUGACUUUGGAUUGGCGCGUGUCCUGCGACGGGAACAGAGUUUCGCCGCCUCGUUUGUGGGCACACCGCACUAUAUGAGUCCGGAACUAGUCAAGGGACGGAAGUACGAUCGGAAGAGCGAUGUGUGGGCCGUCGGCUGUCUGAUCUAUGAGCUGUGUGCAUUGCGUCCACCGUUUCGGGGGCGGGCAUUUGCCCAACUCUCCGAUAAUAUUGCACACGGCCAGUUUAGUCGCAUUCCGGACGUUUAUAGCAAGGAUCUGCAGUCGAUAAUUGGCUAUAUGUUGGCCGUGGACCAUGAACAACGGCCGGGCAUUGAGGUGAUCACACGCCAUCCCUUGCUGGUGCGGAAUAUAAAUGAGAUAUCCGCUCAGUUUCCAACACUCGUCGAUGCCGGCGACGAGUUCGAUGUGCCCGGCAUGGGUAAACUCUUUCCGGAUAGCCCAGAGCUGUCGAGCACAGUGUUCACAGAGCAGUAUAGCUUCAAUGAGGGCUACGGCCAGCGACGCUUGAGUGUUACGGGCGUCUUUACGCCGGACUUGCGCAGCGAGCUCUUCUACUCCGCCAAGCGGCGCAUCUUUGCCAACGGCAAACAGCAGCAACAGCACCAGCAGCUACAGCAAUCGGAUCCGGCUCUCUACGAGAGCAUCAAACGGGAGCCGAGUCCGCGUCGCAUAACCCAAAAUAUUUUCGAUGAUGCACUGCAGCAGCGAUUGCAUGCGAUACGCGCACAGGAAUCGCUGCUGGAGCAGCGUGCCAGCGAACUGGAAGCGGAGGAGCAACGCCUCAAGCAAUUGGAAAGGCAACUCCUGCACAAGCUGGAGCAGGCGGAGCAGCAACAGCAGCAGCAGCAGCAGCAGCAAUGUUCUUGCCGCCUGGUUGCUCCAUCCAUUCCGCCCGUGCCGCCGCGACGUCCGGCUGCAAUACGGUGUCACGACGAUACCUAUUGCAGCAUCGAACUGAAUGACACAUCGCCAACGGUAGCCAAAAUGAAUCUGGCUUUGCUCACGGCGCCCAAGCAGCUCCUCGCUACCAACAACAGCAACAACAACAACAACAAUACGCUGCGCAAAGUCACAUUCCAGUCGCCGGCGAAAGUCAGCAAAUCAGCUGCAGCUGCCGUUCCCGUUCCCGUUCCAGUUGUGUUGCCCAUGCAAAUGAGCGUGUCCAGCACUGAGUCUGGCGAUAGUCACGCUUCCAGCACGCGCCGCAAAUCGAUACUAUCGCUGUUUGGACUCAGUCGCGCAGCCAAAGUGUCCAGCAGCAGCGUCAAACAGACAGCGGCGCAGCCGCAACAACAACAACAAAUGCAACAGCAAGAAAAGCAAAGACGUGCACCUCUGGCUACCAAACUGCCUGCCACACAACAACAACAACAGCAGCAGCAGCCACAAUCAGCACAACAACAACAACAACAGUUGACCAACAUGUGGACAAAGGAGCAAAAACGUGCUGCUUUCGAUUUGCUGGCAGCGAUGAAUGCAGCUGAUAAGGAUGCAGUCGGCCCCGUUGCAGGCGCACGUCGCCAGCAGUUGCGACAAUCGGUGCGCGAACGCAAUUCCAGCAUGCAACGGAAUCGCUUGCGACGCUCCAUGGUGCAGCCGGCGAAGCCGUUGUUAUUCGGCUCCGGUUCGGGUUCGCGCGAACAAAUGUUAAUUUGAAUUAUUUUUCGAGUCUCAUUUUGUAUUUUUUUUUGGAGAGGGGGCACUCAAAGUGGCCCGCCUUGUGAUCUGGAAUAAGUUCCGUAAACUAGACAUAUGUAUAUCUAUUUUUUUUUCAGUUUU